AUGAUAAAGCUGGAGCGACAUCAUGCGUUGGUAAUUUUUAUUUAGCUUGCUUUAACUCCUGCCAAUCUUGCACAACAACUCCUGACUGUUUUUACUGUGCUAACUCGAUUGCUCAAGAUGGGGAUACUUGCAGAGUUGACUCAGUUGGGUAUCAACUCAGUUUCUCUGCUCCAAAUAUUGAACUUGAUUUCGCUCAUCCGCUUGUUUCAACUUUGAUUAAGGACAAAAUUGAAGUGACUCUAG